AUGGCCGAGACGUUCCCGAGCGCUGACUUGCCCGUGAACUCUUACAUGUUCAACGUGUAUGCUAACGGUGUUCCCGCGGCUUGUGGGUAUGCCGUCAACCCGUUUGAGGGCAAGCCGGAGACGUUCAAGCAGUUGGCGGAUAUGAUGAGUCGCAUGUGGGUCGCCUUCAUACACAACGGCAAUCCCAAUCACAACGGGUCAUAG